UGCUGUUUUGCCAGCUCUAGUUCUAUUAGAACAUUUUAUUUUUACCGGAUGCCAUUUGUUUGCAAUAGAAAAUAUAAGUUAGAACAGCGGAUAGUAAUUCAGCAAGAGCCAAAUUCAACGUUACCAAAAUUGUGAGGAACGCCGCCUGAUCUUCGACUUGUCGUUGUGAUAGUAGCUCUCGCCCAAAAACCAGCUGGCUGCCAAAUUAAAGAUUGUGGCGUAAAUUGCACUCCACGAAAUUGCAGUUGCAAUUUUAGUUAACAGGCGAAAUACACAAGUAAAACAGAACCCUAGAAUGCAGAACAAUCCCAGCCCACAGCUACCCUGUAAGGGUAUCCUCAAGACUUCACGCAGCUUUGACAAGUCGGGAGCCAGUUUUCGCAAAAGUGCCAAGUUCGAUGAGCUGAAUGUGAUGCAGACCUUCCAUCCGGCCGACAAGGACUACGGACAUAUGAAAAUCGAUGAGCCCAAAACGCCAUACAACUAUACGGAGGCCUACGAAGAUAACAGGGACGAACUGGACACGGAGCUGCUUGUGGAGAAACUCCGCAUUGCGGCUAACACACAACCGUCGACAGAAAGCAUCGAGGAUGAUGGUUCCUCCGGCGACGACCAACCCCUCAGCGAGGAGGAGCGACAACGACGGCGCGAAUUUGAGCGACGUCGCAAAGCCCACUAUCGUGAGUUCGAGGCCGUCAAGCUGGCACGGAAGCUGAUCCAAGAGGAGGACGAUGACGACGAUGACGAGGACAAGGGCUCGGAUAGCCGGCCCUCGGGCUCGGCACAAGGCGCUUCCACCUCCGGCCGCUUUGCGAAAAAGUCGAGCGGCAAAGUCGACUCAGCAACAUCCUCGUCUACCAGCGCCAGCCAUAAUAUGGACCUGGAGCCAUCGAACAACUAGAAGCAAUAUCAACCCAUCAAUCAAUCACUAAUGUUUACCUAGCCGACGACAAUGGACGAUUCUGAGGGCAGCUCAUCCAAACAAUGAACUAACGAAAUUAUAUAUUAUAUCAAGUGCUGUGGGAGCGCGGAGUGAGAAGUGGAUGCUGAUUAGCAGAGUGGCGAGGAGCACUUGUGAUUAAUUGAAAUUACCCAACUAAACACGAAAAACAAAUUGUCGCCGAGGAGGUUUUGUCAUCGAUUAGUGAGCAGUACCCGAUAAGCGAAGGUGUUACUUGUUGCAAAUUGAUUUUACAACACAAACUGUGCAUCUGGGCAGAGAACAUGAUUGUACGACAGGAAAUAUAAAUAUCGUAUGCGUCUCGCCUUAGUGUACUGUGGCAAAUGUAGUUAAUACAAAUGUCUUUUAAAUUGAUACCGAUAUGGAAACCCAUUGUAUUUUAGUCCAAGUCUCCCGUUCGCAGCUCCGUUUGCAUUUAAUUUGAUUGGAUGCCCAGUGCCACAGAUGGGAUUACUUGUUGUAACUAGCGUUGAAGUUGAUUUGGCCUUACUUUUAGUUAUUUAUUAAUACGAUACUAUUAUGAUUACUAUUAAGUUUUAGCCAUCGAAAGCGAACGUUUCAAUAAAGAGAGCCCAAAACCCAA